AUGGCGACGCCUGUUCGCGCUGGGGGCUGUGGAAAGGAGCGGACAGACAGCAGCGCACGGCCUCGGCUACCGACCGCCAGCACACCUCACGGCCGCCCGCCCCGCCGCUUCCGGCCCGCGCUACGGUCCGCCCCCAGGCUCAAACGCCGCAGCUUCGCGCUGCUCCGGGAGCCGCCCGCGUCGCUCCGAGUCGUAGAUACGCGAAAAGAGGCGCACAGAAGCCCGCUGUCAGCUGCGCCUCGAUUCUCUGCUUCUGGGAAACAAAGAAUUAUCAGGACAAUUGAAAAUGACCAGGAAGAGGAUAAAACUUACAGUGUCAAAGACAGCCCCUGGAGUGAGCAGCAGGGGACGCCUGCGGCGGCGGAGAGGGCGCUCCCUGGGGCGAGGUGCGCGGCUGCCAGGAGAACCCCGGUCCUGGUCCGGCCGCGGCCUAGGUUUUCUGCCCCUAACCCUGUGGACAACGCUGGCCUGUUCUCCUACCUCACAGUGUCGUGGCUCACCCCACUCAUGAUCCAAGGCUUACGGAAUCGCCUAGAUGAGAACACCAUCCCUUUGCUGUCAGUUCAUGAUGCUUCGGCCAAAAAUGUCCAAAGGCUUCGCCACCUUUGGGAAGAAGAAGUCUCAAGGCGUGGGAUUGAAAAGGCUUCAGUGUUUCGAGUGAUGCUGAGGUUCCAGAGAACAAGGAUUAUUUUCAAUCUGCUUGCGAGCUGCUGCUUGUCGAUCAUGGGUGUCCUGGGGCCAGUGCUGAUUAUACCAAGGAUUCUAGACUACUCCGAAGAGCGGUCAGGGGACGUCCCCCGUGGAGUGGGACUGUGCCUUGCCCUUUUUCUCUCUGAGUGUCUGAAGUCUGUGAGUCUUUGCUCAAGCUGGAUCAUCAACCAGCGCACGGGCAUCAGGUUUCGUGGGGCCAUUUCCUCCUUUGCCUUUGAGAAGCUCAUACAAUUUAAGUCUCUAACACACAUCACCUCGGGAGAGGCCAUCAACUUCUUCACCAGCGACCUCAACUACCUGUUUGAAGGCGUGUACUACGGCCCCCUGGCGCUGUUCGCCGCCGUGUCCCUGAUCGCCUGCACCAUUUCCAUCUGCCUCGUUCUUGGGCCCACUGCGCUCAUCGCCAUUCUCUGCUAUCUCCUGAUUUUCCCCCUGGAGGUGCUCAUGACCAAAGUGCUCCUGAAGACGCAGCGCCACAUGUCUGAGGUCAGUGACCAGCGCAUCCGUGUGACCAGUGAACUUCUUACUUGCAUCAAGCUGAUUAAAAUGUACACCUGGGAGAAACCAUUUGCAAAAAUAAUUGAAGACCUGAGAAGCAAGGAAAAGACGCUGCUGGAGAGGAACGGGCUGCUCCAGAGCCUGACCACGACCAACUUGUUCAUCGCCCCGACUGUGGCCUCGGCAGUCAUGAUCCUCAUCCACGUAUUCCUAGGAAGGAAACUCACGGUUUCAUCAGCCUUCACUGCAAUAGCGACCUUGAAUCCCCUUCGGCUGGCAGUGUUCUAUGGGCCCUUUGCAAUCAAAGGCCUCACGAAUUCCAAGUCUGCGGUGGAGAGGUUCAAGAAAUUUUUCCUCCAGGAGAGUCCUGUUUCCUAUGUCCAGGAACUGCAAGACCCUAGCAAAGCUCUGGUUUUGGAGGACGCUACCUUGUCAUGGCGACAGACCUGCCCUGGGAUUGUCAAUGGGGCACUGGAGCUGGAGAGGAACAGGCAUGCUUCUGAGGGGAUGACCAGGGCUCAGCCGCCUCUACAUGCCCUCAGGCCAGAGGACAAAGAGCACAGCCUGAGCCCAGCAUUGCACAAGAUCAACCUGGUGGUGUCAAAGGGGACGAUGUUAGGGAUCUGUGGCAACACAGGGAGCGGCAAGAGCAGCCUGCUGUCGGCCAUCCUGGGGGAGAUGCACUUGCUCGAGGGCUCGGUGGGGGUGCACGGAAGCCUGGCCUAUGUCCCCCAGCAGGCCUGGAUCAUCAGGGGUAGCAUCCGGGACAACAUCCUCCUGGGAGGCCCGUAUGACAAGGCCCGAUACCUCCAGGCCCUCCACUGCUGCUCCCUGAAUCAGGACCUGGAACUUCUGCCCUUCGGCGACAUGACGGAGAUCGGGGAGCGGGGUGUCAACCUCUCUGGGGGGCAGAGGCAGAGGAUCAGCCUGGCCCGCGCCGUCUACGCCAACCGUGAGCUCUACCUGCUGGAUGACCCCCUCUCGGCCGUGGACGCCCACGUGGGGAAGCACAUCUUUGAGGAGUGCAUUAAGAAGAUGCUCAAGGACAAGACCAUUGUCCUGGUGACCCACCAGCUGCAGUACUUAGAGUUUUGCGACCAGAUCAUUUUGCUAGAAGAUGGGAAAAUCUGUGAGAAUGGAGCUCACAGGGAGUUAAUGCGGAAAAAGGGGCAGUACGCCCGGCUGGUCCAGAAGAUGCAGCCAGAGGAAGCAAAACAGGACACGCCAUGGGACACAGCAAAGGCAGCGGAGAAGCCUCAGGCAGAAGGGCGGGCUCAGGCCACCUCCCAGGAAGAGCGUCUCAGCGAGAAUGCUGUGCCGGAGCAUCAGCUCGCAGACAAAGAGCAGAUGGAAGAAGGUUCCCUGAGCUGGAGCGUCUACCACCACUACAUCCAGGCGGCCGGAGGGUACGUGGUCUCUUUCGCGGCUUUCCUUCUCAUGCUUCUGAUCGUCUCCCUCCUGAUCUUCAGCUUCUGGUGGCUGAGCUAUUGGUUGGAGCAGGGCUCAGGGAGCACCGGCCGCCGAGAGAGCAACGGGACCACGGCAGAGCCCGGCGACGUCGGCGACAAUCCGCAGCUGCCCUUCUACUCGCUGGUGUACGGCCUCAGCCUCCUGCUGCUGGUCUGCGUCAGCGUCUGCUCGGCGGGGACGUUCACCAAGGUCACGAGAAAGGCAUCCACGGCCCUGCACGGCGCGCUCCUGAGCAAGGUUUUCCGCUGCCCCAUGAGUUUCUUUGACACGACCCCAACAGGCCGACUCUUGAAUUGCUUUGCGGGGGACUUGGACGAGGUGGACCAGGUCUUGCCCGUCGUUGCUGAGGAAUUCCUGCUGCUGUUUCUGGUGGUGGUCGCCAUCCUGCUGGUUGUUGUUUUGCUGUCUCCGUAUAUCCUGCUGAUGGUGGUGAUCGUCAUCAUGGUUUGCCUCGUAUAUUAUAUGAUGUUCAGCAGAGCCAUCAACCUGUUCAAGAGACUGGAGAACUACAGCCGGUCGCCUUUAGUCUCCCACAUCCUCACCUCUCUCCAUGGCCUGAGCUCCAUCCACGUCUAUGGGAAAUCUGAAGCCUUCGUCAGCCAGUUUAAGCGGCUGACCGACAUGCAGAAUAACUACCUGCUGCUGUUUCUGUCCUCCACGCGGUGGAUAGCCUUGCGGCUGGAGACCAUGAUCAACCUGGUGACCCUGGCCGUGGCCUUGUUCUUGGCUUUCGGCCCCUCCUCCAGCUCCUACAAAGCCAUGGCUAUCAGUGUGGUGCUGCAGCUGGCCUCCAACUUCCAGGCGGCGGCGCGGAUGGGCUCGGAGACGGGGGCGCACUUCAUGGCCGUGGAGAGGAUGCUGCGGUGCGCGAAGAUGUGUGUCUCUGAGGCUCCUUUACACACAGAAGGCGUGAGUUGUCCCCACGAUUGGCCACAGCAUGGGGAAAUCACAUUCCAGGAUUAUCAGAUGAAAUACAGAGGCAACACGCCUGUCGUCCUGCAUGACAUCAACCUGACCAUUCACGGCCACGAAGUGGUGGGCAUCGUGGGAAGGACGGGCUCUGGGAAGUCCUCCUUGGCCACGGCUCUCUUCCGCCUGGUGGAGCCCGCAGCGGGACGGAUUCUCAUCGAUGGCGUGGACAUCUGCAGCAUUGGCCUGGAGGACCUGCGGUCCAAGCUCUCGGUUAUCCCUCAAGAUCCGGUCCUGCUCUCAGGAACCAUCCGAUUCAACCUAGAUCCCUUUGACUGUUACACAGACGAGCAGAUCUGGGACGUCUUGGAGAGAACAUUCCUGACCAGGGUGAUCUCGAAUUUACCCAAAGGACUGCAUGCAGAAGUUGUGGAAAAUGGCGAGAACUUCUCUGUUGGGCAGAGGCAGUUGCUCUGCAUUGCCCGAGCUCUCCUCCGCAACUCCAAGAUCAUCCUUAUUGAUGAAGCCACAGCCUCCAUCGACAUGGAGACCGAUGCCCUGAUCCAGCGCACAAUCCACGAAGCUUUCCAGGGGUGCACACUGCUGGUCAUCGCCCACCGCAUCACCACCGUCCUGAACUGUGACCGCAUCCUGGUCAUGGACAACGGGAAGGUGGUGGAGUUUGACAGCCCCGAGGUCCUGCGGAAGAAGCCGGGGUCACUGUUCGCAGCCCUGCUGGCCAGAGCCGGUUCUUCGCUGAGCUAAGGAGAAGUGAGACGGCGUGGAGGGGCGGCCGCGCUCAGAGGUUCAUCCAGAUGCAGCUUCGAGUCUUGCAGCCUAUGACCUCUUGUCUAGAGAUGGCAUCUGCUCCUGGCAGCAGGGCUGACCUGGGGUGAGGGGUGCUGGCAGGGAAAAUGAGAUUGAGGGGGAAAAACCUGGAAUAGGCCAUUCUGUGGCUUCCAAAACCUUAGAACCCCAGCACUAUUUGAGACCACAGGGUCCAAUGAUCACGUCUCCUUUUAACUUAUACGUUACAUAAUUUCAUAAUAUCGUAAAAGCUUAUUAUAGUAUUCUGAUCUGUGUUAGAAGUAUUGCAAAUGAUGUGUUGAUUUUAUAAAA